AUGUUCGCCCUAUCGGAGCUGACGUGCCUCCACGAGCCCUCCAGCGGCUCCAAGCUGCUCAAGCCCUGGUGGGAGGUCUUCAUGGACUGCCUGGUGGUCCUCAUGCUCAUGCUGUCCGUCCUGGCCGGCACCGUGCUCCUCUCCCGGGACAAGGUGGUGUGUCUCCCCGUGGUGGACGCCGCUGCCACCGCCGCCUCCUCCACCGACACCCGCACUAACCACAGCUCGCCCGCAGGUGGCGGUGUGCCCGUGGAAAUCAACCCGAGCGGAGAGACGUCAGCCCGGCCGGCAAAGCGCAAACCUCUGGUCUAUCAGCAGUACGUCUUCAUCAGUCAGGUGUGUUACCACCAGGCGUUGCCAUGGUACUCCCGCUUCUCACCCUACAUGGCCCUGCUGCAGACUCUGCUCCUAUUGGCCAGCGGCUCCUUCUGGCUCCACCUCCCGCUCACCUCCGCCCGCGUCGAGCACUUCCUGGCCGUGCUCGCCAAGUGCGUGGAGUCGCCGUGGACAACGCGCUCCCUCUCACAUGCCGCGCUGCACGAGACCACGGCCAAGCCGCCGGAGGGGGCGGGGUUUAGGGACCACAAGGCACCGCCCCCGGGCACACCCACCCCUCCCCACGCCCGCCACCGCUACAGCGUGGACUCCGGCACCGACAGUCCAUCGCUUGGGAGGGCGACGGCUCCUCUAGGCCCCGUCCCUCCCUCCGUGGCCCCGCCCCCCGGCCCCAGGGGCGUGGCCCCGGCUGCGGGGGCGGGAGAGCGGGCGGGGCAGGGCGGGGUCAGCCUGGACCGCAGCGACAGCGAGCAGGCCCGGGCGCUCUUCGAGAGGGUCCGCAAGUUCCGGGCGCACUGCGAGAGCUCCGACGUCAUCUACAAGGUGUACGUGUCCCAGACGCUCUUCAAGCUUCUGGCGUCGGGGUUGAUCGUGGGGCUCAGCGCGCCCCUGCUGGGCUCCAUGGCCUUCACCCACGUGUGUCACCCCGGGAAGGAGGGCGAGCUGUUGGGCUACAGCACCUUCCAGUGCGCCCACACCCUGGCCUCACUGCUCCACAAGCUGCUGCUGGCCUACCUGCUGCUGCUGGCCUCCUACGGCCUGCUCAACCUCUACGCCCUGGGCUGGAUCGCACACAGCUCCCUGAGGCAGUACUCCUUUAGCGUGCCCCGGGACCCCACCCCUCUGGGAGACGUCCCGGACCUCACCAACGACCUGGCCUUCCUGCUGCACAUGGCGGACCAGUACGACCCCCUACUGGCCCAGCGCCUCUCCGUCUUCCUGUCCCCCGUCAGCGAGACGCGUCUGCUGGAGGAGAACCUGGAGAGGCGCUGGGGGCCCGAGGAGCUGCGGGCCCUGGUGGUGGAGGACCCCGAGGGGGGCCCCGGGCUGACCUUGGGGGCCCUGCCCCGCCUGCCCCCCGCCCUCUACACCCUGGGACACCUGCGGACGCUGCGACUGGAGCGGGUCGCCCACGCACGGCUCGGCGCGCAGGUCGCUGCCAUGGCCUCACUCAGGGAGCUCCACCUGGACCACUGCCCCCUGGCGCUGGAGCCCGGGGCGCUGGCCUUCCUGCAGGAGCACCUGGAGGUCCUUCAGCUGUCCUUCAGCGCCGCCUCGGAGCUCCCCGCCUGGGUCUACAGCCUCCGCAGCCUCCACCAGCUGCACCUGUCCGGCCCGCUGGGCUGCGAGGGGCCGGGGGGCCGCGGCUGGGCCCUGGGCAGCCUGCGCCCGCUGCGCCGCCUGCGGGUGCUGGUGCUGCGGGGCGCCCUGCAGAGGAUCCCCGCGGAGCUGGCCGAGGUGGCGGGGGGCCUGGCCCGCCUGGAACUCCACAACGGGGGGCUACGCCUGCUGCCCUCCGGCGGGCUGAAGCGCCUGGCCGGCCUGGCCGAGCUGCGGCUCAGGGACUGCCGUCUGGACCGGCUGCCUGGCGGGCUGGCCGCCCUGCCCCGCCUCCGGACCCUGGACCUGGGCCACAACGACCUGCGGAGCCUGGAGGAGCCCCCGGGGCUGGGGCCGCUUCGGGCGCUCACCGGCCUCACGCUGGACCACAACCGCCUGCUGCUGCUGCCGCCCGGCGUGGGGGCGCUGCGGGGGCUGGAGCUCCUGGACCUGGCCUUCAACCAGCUCCAGAGCCUGCCCCCGGCGCUGUUCACGCUGCCCAGCCUGAGGAGGCUCCUCCUCGGGGGGAACCUGUUGCGGGCGCUGCCCCCCGCCGUGGGGGAGCUGCGGCGGCUGGCGGAGCUGGACCUCAGCGAGAACCGGCUGGAGCGGCUCCCCGCCGAGCUGUUCUGCUGCUCGGAGCUCCGGGUCCUCGGCGCCGCCCACAACGCCCUGGGGGCCCUGCCGCCCGCCGUGGGCCGCCUGGGGCUGCUCUGCCGGCUGGACCUGAGGGGCAACCCCCUGGAGGACCUCCCCCCCGAGCUGGCCACCUGCCCCGGGCUGCGGGGCAGUGGCGGGGGCGCCGGGGGUCUGGUGGUGGAGGACCGCCUGCUCCGCACCCUGCCCUGCUGGGCCCGGGACCUCCUGGUCCAGACCCCCGCCCCCCCCUCAGGCCCCCCGUCCCGACCUGGUUCUGGCAUCUUCCCCCCGUCCCGUCCAGGCUCCGGGACGUUCCCACGGUUCUCCACCAACCAGUGGAACUUCCACUCAGCCCUGGAGUCCCGGAUAUAG